AAUUGGGAAAAUUAUCUCCCUCCUGUGUCCUGAGACUAUAUAAAGCACAGAGAGAAGAAAAACGAAUGUGGCGGGCUUAGAAAAGCAAAGAAAGCUUGAUUCAAAGCAAGAGAGCUUUAUUCCACUCUCGAAGUUAAAUGAUCGAAACAUUAUUUUCGUUUUGUACUUCAAAUAUUGGCUUCCCAAGUGGACCAAAGAUUGAAACUUUUGAUGAACAUAGUGAUAAUGAUAAUGACGAUGGUGAAGAUAGUGAGAAUUUUGAUGGCAAUAGUGUAAAUGGAUCAAGUUUAAGCGAUGAGGCUGUUCAGGAUGGGAAGGCAAUUAUGGACAUAAUCCGUGAAACAGGUAGUAAUUAUGUUGAAAUGAAGAAAAAGCUUGAGCACUGUAGAAUAAGGGUUUCCUCUGAGUUGGUGGUGGAGAUUCUCUCUCGAAUUCGGAAUGAUUGGGAAGUGGCUUUUACGUUCUUUUUAUGGGCUGGGAAACAGCCGGGUUAUGCACAUUCGCUGCGUGAAUGCCAUUCAAUGAUUUCUAUUCUAGGGAAGAUGAGGAAGUUUGAUACUGCAUGGGCAUUGAUUGAUGAAAUGAGAGGGGGGCGAGCAGGCCCUUGUCUUGUAACACCGCAGACUCUCUUGAUCAUGAUAAGGCGUUACUGUGCUGUGCACGAUGUGGGGAGGGCUAUAAAUACUUUUUAUGCAUAUAAAAAGUUUAAAUUUGAUGUGGGGAUUGAGGAGUUUCAAAGUCUGUUGUCUGCUCUUUGUCGAUACAAAAAUGUGCAGGAUGCUGAGCAUCUGAUGUUUUGUAACAAGGAUGUCUUCCCAUUUAAUAUUAAGAGUUUUAAUAUUAUACUGAACGGAUGGUGUAAUGCAAUUGGUAGUCCACGUCAGGCAGAGAGGGUUUGGAGGGAGAUGAGCAAGAGAGGUGUUCAACAUGAUGUUGUGUCAUAUGCAAGUGUCAUGUCCUGCUACUCUAAAGCCUGUAAUCUUCACAAGGUACUUAAGCUCUUCAGCCAGAUGAAAAGAAUGGGGAUUGAACCAGAUAGGAAGGUUUACAAUGCAGUCAUCCAUGCUCUUGCAAAGGCUAGGCAUGUAAAAGAGGCUAUCAAUCUUCUGAAAACUAUGGAAGAAAAGGGUAUUGCUCCAAAUGUUGUUACUUAUAAUUCACUGAUCAAGCCUUUAUGCAAAGCCCAGAAGAUAGAUGAGGCUAGACAGGUCUUUGAUGAGAUGUUGCAAAGGGACCUCUCACCUACAAUUCGGACCUACCAUGCUUUCUUUCGUAUUCUAAGAAAUGGGGAAGAAGUGUUUGAGCUCUUGGAGAAGAUGAGAAAAAUGGGCUGUCAACCAACCAAUGAUACUUAUAUCAUGCUGAUAAGAAAGUUUAGUCGAUGGUGCCAGUUUGAUAAUGUCUUCAAGCUGUGGAAUGAGAUGACUGAAGACGGGGUUGGUCAUGACCGUAGCUCAUAUAUUGUGUUGAUUCAUGGGCUAUUUUUAAAUGGAAAGCUGGAUGAAGCAUACAAAUAUUAUACAGAGAUGAAGGACAAGCAGUUAUUGCCAGAACCAAAGAUAGAUGAGAUGCUUCAGGCGUGGGUUUCUGGUAAGCAAUUUGCAGAGCGCCAAAUGGCUGAUCUGAAGAAUAAUCAAUUGCUAGAUAAUCAGUUGGACGAACAGGUCAGAGUUGAGUCGAAGAAAAUUGAUCAGGAGAAAGAUUUUCUCAGGCUACCUGAAACCAGAAGAGUUAUCAGAGAAAGGGGCUUUUCAUUUUGGGAGCAAUCGGUUUCCAUGUAACCAUAAAACUUCACGAUAUGUGCUUUUUGUAUGAGACUUUAGGCUUCAACACUGAGUUUCCUUUGGAUACCAUUCAGUGCUUGACAUUCUCCAUCACCAACAUCAAUUCAGGGUGCCUCAUUGCCUUGCAACUAUUUGAUAAUACUGUCUAAUAUUGUGGUUGAGAACUAUUAUUUUCGAAUCAUGAAUAACUGGCUCUAAACAUGCCCUGAUUCAAAUUAAUUGGGUCUUACCCCAUGAAGGGCAUCUGUUUGUCUACAUCAAAUGCACAUGAUAUGCUUUUGUGGA